AGGGCAGGGCAGCGAGAGCCGCACGGUCCCGCGGACGCUCCCAGGCCCACGCCCUCACGCGCUCACAACCACCCUCCAGCACUCACACCCACAGGCUCCCUCGACCCCUGAGCAAGGCUCCAGCCUAGGCUGGGGUCCAGGGUGGGCCAGGACGCCCUCGGAGCCCUCGGGAUGCUGGCGCACCGUGCGGCGCUGAGUUGCGCGUCCCUCGUCCCUUUGUUGACAAUUCCCUGAACCAACUUGAGUUUGGCCGGCUCCACCGCGGCCCUGACGUCACGCGCGGUCACGUGGCCCCGCCUCCCGCUGGAUCUUUAAGUAGAAAGUAAUCUAUCAGGCCAGUCCUUAAAACGGGACUUUCGACUACGGGGGCUCGGCGUCCCUGACACCCCCCUCCCCCUGUUGCCCCUGUCCGCGCCCUCCCGAGCUGUUGGGCGCCCGGUGUCCCGCGCCCGCCUGCGCCGCUCUUGCUCUCCACGCCCGGGCCAGAGGCCGAGGAAGGCGGGCGAAGUGAGGGGGCGCGGCGUGGAGAAGCCGCCGUGGCCCGGAGCGGCAUCGAGCACCUAGUACCGAGAGCCAGGGACAGCAGGAGUUUGAAGAGCGCGGCCGCGGGGGGCGGACGGCAGCGCCCGCGCCGCGCGAUGCCGGGCUGCUAAGUGUGAGCCAAGCCGGGAGGGCCCCGAACCACCUACGUCCCCCUCCCCUCUCCCAUCUUUCCGGAGCACCCAAGCCCCCUUCCCCUGAGCUCGGCGGCAGCCCCUGACGACUCCCAUCGCCCGCCGCUCCUUCCCCGCCGCCGCCACCAACCCCGAGGAGGGAUGACCCUCUCCGGCGGCGGCAGCGCCAGCGACAUGUCCGGCCAGACGGUGCUGACGGCCGAGGACGUGGACAUCGAUGUGGUGGGCGAGGGCGACGACGGGCUCGAGGAGAAGGACAGCGACGCGGGCUGCGAUAGCCCCGUGGGGCCGCCGGAGCUGCGCCUGGACGAGGCGGACGAGGUGACGCCAGCGGUACCCCACCACGGGCAGCCUCAGCCUCCGCACCAGCAGCCCCUGGCAUUGCCCAAAGAGGCGACUGGAACCGGGGCUGGGCCAGGGGGCGAGGCGGGCGCUUCCGAAGCUGACGGCUGCAAGGGUGGCGUUGGCAGCGAGGAGGGCGGCGGGAGCGGCGGCGGGCCCGGCUCGGGCAGCGGUGCGGCGGGAGGCCUGGCCCCCAGCAAGCCCAAGAACAGCCUGGUGAAGCCGCCCUACUCGUACAUCGCGCUCAUCACUAUGGCUAUCCUGCAGAGUCCGCAGAAGAAGCUGACCCUGAGCGGCAUCUGCGAGUUCAUUAGCAACCGCUUCCCCUACUACCGGGAGAAGUUCCCCGCUUGGCAGAACAGUAUCCGCCACAACCUCUCGCUCAACGACUGCUUUGUCAAGAUCCCCCGCGAGCCGGGCAACCCGGGCAAGGGCAACUACUGGACCCUGGACCCGCAGUCCGAGGACAUGUUCGACAACGGCAGCUUCCUGCGGCGCCGGAAACGCUUCAAGCGCCACCAGCAGGAGCACCUGCGCGAGCAGACGGCGCUCAUGAUGCAGAGCUUCGGCGCUUAUAGCCUGGCGGCGGCAGCAGGAGCCGCGGGGCCCUACGGCCGCCCCUACGGCCUGCACCCCGCGGCCGCGGCUGGCGCCUACUCUCACCCGGCUGCUGCGGCGGCAGCGGCAGCGGCCGCGGCGCUCCAGUACCCAUACGCGUUGCCGCCAGUGGCACCCGUGCUGCCGCCUGCCGUGCCGCUGCUGCCCUCGGGCGAGCUGGGCCGCAAAGCGGCUGCCUUCGGCUCGCAGCUCGGCCCGGGCCUGCAGCUGCAGCUCAACAGCCUGGGCGCUGCGGCGGCCGCCGCGGGCACGGCGGGCGCUGCGGGCACCACGGCGUCACUGAUCAAGUCCGAGCCGAGCGCGCGGCCGUCGUUCAGCAUCGAAAACAUCAUUGGCGGGGGCCCGGCGGCGCCCGGGGGCUCGGCGGCGGGCGCUGGGGGCGCCGGGGUAACUGGGGGCACUGGGGGCGGUGGGGGCGGCAGCGCAGCACAGUCCUUCCUGAGGCCGCCCGGGACCGUGCAGUCCGCGGCGCUCAUGGCCACGCACCAGCCGCUGUCGCUGAGCCGGACGACGGCCACCAUCGCACCCAUCCUGAGCGUGCCGCUCUCUGGACAGUUCCUGCAGCCAGCAGCCUCGGCCGCGGCUGCUGCCGCCGCUGCAGCGCAAGCCAAAUGGCCCGCUCAAUAGGGACGUGCCGGUGGCUGGGACCGAGGGCCGGGCGGCUGCCCGGGGCGGUGGCUGCACUUCUAGUCUGCGCGCCCCGCCCCGGGCCCGGCCCCCCUGCCCAAUCCCGGAUUCUGCCUCUCUUCCAU